GCAACACAUUCACAAGGGAAAAAAGCCUUGAAAGUGCCGUUAAUUUUUUGCAUGACGAGCUGCUGAAUACGAACCAGUCUCACACCAUUGCCAUCACCUUGCCCUUGUGAAGGCAGAUAUGGAUAAAGUUUUCAAAGCUGAUAGAAAAUUGAAAGCACUCACAUCCUGUGACGAUGAACCUACCCUGGAAGAGAGAGCCCAGAGAAUUGCCAAAGCUGUCCGCAAACAGUCAAUAGAAGUGAAGGAAAAUUGGGAGCAAUUGAAAACCCGUGCGAGCAACUGGCAGAAACAGGUGGAAAAGGCGUUGGAGAAACUUCAAGAACUGCAGAAAGCUCUGGAUGAUCUUGAGGCUCAUGUGAUAACAGCUGAGGGGGUCCACACUGAUCAGCAACCUGUGGGUGACCUGCUUAUUGACUCAUUGCAGGGUCACAUUGAUAAAACCACAACCUCUUCAAACAAGGAGCUGAACCCACAGAAUUAUGUGACCAACAAAGCCUGA